AUUCCAUUAUUUUCAACAAAUUGAUACUGUACAGUGAUUUUCAGUUUUUGCUGAAUAUUGUGCAUUCUCUUGUUCUUGUACAAAAGUUGACGGGUGAAGUCGUUGGGUUUCUCCUGUUUGUGUUGUGGGCAGUUAAAGAAGAACUGAGAAACAUGUUAAUCCAUGGUGUUUUACACGAUGUGAUCUUCGUUUCGUGUGUCAAGUAUUGACUGCUGUUAGCCAAGUCCUCUGUGCAGACUUGCUGAUUUGAAUUGGCCUGCUUCAUGCUUGGUACGAGUGGCUGUGGUGUGGAAUUGUGGAUUGGACUUUAGUGAUUCCGGCCAGCAAAUGAGCCACCAACAGCAGAACGGGGAAACGAGCGACUCUGUACAAAUGAGCCGGAGCCCGCUGUCGCGGCCUGCGGAAAGGCAGAGCAGCGCUGACAGUCAGUCGCGGCUGACAGCGACAGCCACGGCGUUGGCAGGCAUAAGCAUGAUUCCCGCGGGCGAGGGCCCGCUGUCGCUGGUGGACCGCGCGCUGCACAGCCUGGCCACGGCUAGUGGCGCGCAGCAGAUCACGGCGGGCGGCGCCACGGGGUGGCUGUCCGGCUACCUCUUUAACAAAUUCGGCCGACCGGUGAUUUAUAACAUGGGCAGCAGUCUCAUCGUCGUCCUCUUCGCGGAGCAUCUGGGCUACCUGACGGUGGACUGGAGCAAGUUCCGGCGCGACUACCACGGAGCGCCGGCCGCGGUCUGGCGCAGCUGGACGCGCAGCAGGCGGCGCGCCGCGGCGGCCGGCCCUGGCUGGAGAAGAUGAAGGUGCUGGCGCGGACCAGUCCCUAGUCCCUACCUCAGCGGCGGAUUCAUCGGCGGCAUCCUGCUGGGACUGGCCUCCUAAAUGAUGACGCUCGGCGAUACCAGUAUAAUCUCUGGUUAGCCCGUGACUUGCGCUUGUGAUCCGGCUGCUCACUGCUCGACUAUGGAUCCUUUCCCUUGACCUGUGCAGCCUCAACUGGCAAAUGAUUUCUGCGGCCCAACGUGUGCCUCUCUACUUUGCCGUGUCUUCUUGUCAUUACAUAGAGCGUUAUGCUGCAUAAGAUAAGCUGCGGAUGUACGCGCUGCUUCUUUACACAACUUAUUCCUGAGCCAUGACCCACAUAUAUUGCAGUAAAGAGUACUGCGUCUACUGACAGCAAUAAGUGUUGACAUUUAGGGCAAAUCAUUGCCGAGUUAACAGAAAAUGCAAUAAAUGCGAAUUACAGAUACACAUUAUCCAUCUUUUUUUUCCCGUGGCUGGCCCGAAUAUGCUGUCCAGAGCGGCCAUCGUCACCGGGCUGUGAUGCAUCGCCGGCACCGGCCACUCCACAUCCGCUUGCUCCAGCUCGUACUGCAGCACCAGGUGCCAGGCAGGCAGUCUGCUGCAAUGCAACCAUCGGCAUUACAGCCAUUAAAUUUUAUUUAAUUUGUUUUUGAAUUGUUGUUAUUUGUUUUUAUAAUUGUGUUCAAGUUUUUCACUGGCAGCAGUUUCAUUGCAUCAGUGAGUCGAUUGUGCAACUCCUUACUAUCAGUUUGCUUGUUAAGUAGAACGCUGAAAACAUCAAACCCACACCGCCAUCAAACACAUCCAACUCGUCUUCGUCACCGCCCAAUAGCGCCGUGCGUCCUCCGCCGGCAGCGCGCGCCAAAACUCCAGCUGCCCAGCAUGAGCUGUACGCUAACGCACAUGCCGGCGCCAAGACCAACUCCAGGGCCCGCAUCACCACGCUCAGAGUGGCGGUACUAUCCCGGGAGCUGUUCAGGCGGAGGUCCCCCAGGCGGACGUCCACCCGGCGGCGUGGAGUAGAGACAGUCACUUGCUAACGGCUGACGCCAACAAAAGUGUCCAAAACGAGACAGCUGCUUGGCAUGAAAUGAAAGUUGAGUUGUACGAAACGGUAUCAAGGCGUGCAUUUCAUUCGAGGCUCCAUCGUCGACACGUUGAAUUAUUUCUGAGGCAAUAAUAAUUUCUCAGACCAUCAUAUAAGCUUUAAUCGCAUUAUGUACCAUGGCGAGCUUCGCUCAAUAAAAAUCACUCAAAUAAAGAAUUUGUCCCAAUUAACAUGAGAUGGGACUGUACACAAAACACUCAUAGCAUUGCACACAAAACACUCAGACCAUCAUAAUUGUGGAAA